AUGGCAUGCCAGCGCACGCUCGAUGAUUUGGGGCUGGAUUACCUGGACUUGUACCUGAUCCACUUCCCCAUCUCGCUGGCCUUCGUUCCCUUCGAGGAGCGCUACCCCCCCGAGUGGACGGACAAACGUGGCAAUGCUGGGCACCUGGUUCUGGAUCCAGUGCCCUACCGGGAGACCUGGGAGGCCAUGGAGGCGCUUCAGGACUUGGGGAAAGCCAAGCACAUCGGGGUCAGCAACCUAACAGUGCAGAGCCUCAUGGAUGUGCUCUCCUACUGUAGGGUGAAGCCAGCUGUCAACCAGAUUGAGAGCCACGUCUACUUGCAGCAGCCAGACCUAGUCCAAUUCUGCAUCCAGCAGGGCAUUGGGGUCACCUGCUUCUCACCCUUCGGCGCGAGUCCUGGCACAGGGGCAGAGAUGGCAGAGCUUCCACGGAAAACGAGCCCUGUGACGGAACAUUGGACGGUUUGGGGUCUCCCGUUCACGCUUCGAGGUCAGAUCAUUCUCAGGUUCCUGGUGCAGCGCGGUUGCUCGGUGGUGCCUAAGAGCCAGAGUGUGGAGAGACUAAAGGAGAAUCUGGAUGUCUUCGGCUUUGAGCUCUCUGCUGAGGAGAUGCAACAAGUGCGGAAGUUGGAGCGUGGGCGACGCUUCAAUGACCCCGGGGUCUUCGCGCGUGGCUGGGGUGCUCCUGGAUCGGUGGUGGCAGCCGUUGGGUGCCCCAUCUAUGCCUAG